AUGGCGCCCGCGAAGACGAUCCCACACAAGUCCGGUGGUCACCAGCGCUACGCACUCGAGAAGGCGAAAGAUCCUGCGCGAUUCCAGUCCGAACUUGCGGGCUCAGACGACGAUGCAAAUGCAGGCGCACUGCAGCCGGUGAAGGAACCACAAGACGAUGAUUUUGAAGGGUUCGGCUCCGAGGAGGAAGUUGGAGACAAUGAAGCCCGGGACGAAGAAAGCGAUGAAGAGAGAAUAGACAUCCAGACGGAGAAGAAGCAGGAAAAGCCUGUCUUGCCGAAGGAUGCUGAGGAAGAAGAGCUGGAGCGCAUGAUCUUUGGCGACUCUGAGGGCUUCCGUCAGGGUCUGGAGAACUUCUCGCUCGACCCGACCGCAAACGCAUACGGCGACUCAUCGGACGAAUCGGGAGCAGAAGAGGCCGACCUCGACGCUGUGGCAGACCAGGACCUCUUCUUCUUCGAUGCUGGCCCAGUCGCUGCGCCUGCGGGAUCCGUUGCUGCAAAGGCAGAAGAAUCAGACGAGGACGAUGGCAAGCCCGCCUGGGAAGACAGCGACGACGAGAGGCUCGUAGUCAGUUUGGCCUCGGUGCCGCAACUGAGGAAGCUGCGAGAGACGGCAGAUGACGACAUGGUCAACGGCAAGGAAUAUGCGCGGCGAUUACGGAAGCAGUACCAGAGGCUAUACCCUACGCCAAAGUGGGCGAUACAUGCGACAGGCAAGGCCAACAAGAAGCGCCGACGGGACAUGGAUGACGACGAGAGUGGCGAUGAGUCUGCGAGCGACAUGGACGUGGACGAAGAGGGCCUGUCCACGCAGCCACUGGCUAGGCUACUCAAGGAUGCGGAUAUCCUGUCACAAACCUCACGAAGCGUGGCCAAGCGGAGGAAGGUGCAAGCAGGCACCAUCGACAUCCAGCGACUGAAAGACGUCGCUAAGGCUGGCCCGUCUGCCAUCACCUCCCUCUCCUUCCAUCCCGCGUACCCGCUGCUCCUCUCCUCCGGUCCUAGCUCAACACUAUACCUUCACCACGUCAAUCCUAACCCGCCGAACCCGAACCCUCUCCUCACAUCUCUGCACAUCAAAAAGACUCCUCUCGUCACAACCGCGUUCCAUCCUUCACCUUCGGACUCGCGCAUCUUCCUCAGCGCGCGACGACGCUACUUCCACGUCUGGAACAUUGCGACUGGCCGAGUGGAGAAGGUGUCGCGUGUAUACGGUCACCAGCACGAACAACGGACAAUGGAGAAUUUCUCCCUCUCACCGAACGGCAAACACAUGGCUCUUCGGGGUUCCUCGAGAAAGGGUGGCGGUGUGAUCAACAUUCUGGAUGCAAGGACACUGCAGUGGGCGACACAGGUGCGCGUCGAGUCAAGAGGUGGUGUUGCUGACUUCGCAUGGUGGGGUGACGGCACUGGUAUGAGUAUUGCGGGCAAGAAUGGAGAGAUAACGGAGUGGAGCGUUGAAGGAGGCGUCAUAGGACGGUGGAACGACGAGGGUGCUGUUGGUACUACAGUCAUUGCCCUUGGUGGUAAAAGCGGACGUGAAAGCUGGAUAGGUGGCGAUCGAUGGGUGGCCAUUGGCAGCUCAAGUGGCGUUGUCAACGUCUACGACCGGCGAGCAUGGAGCGAGAACGACCCUUCAGUCAAGGGCGCUAAAGACGAUUCGAACGGCGGCAUCCCUAAGGCACCGAAGCCGGUACGCGACCUGCAGAACCUGACGACGCCGAUUUCGCAUCUCACAUUCACCGCGGACGGUCAAGUACUUGCCAUGGCGAGUCAGUGGAAAAAUAACGCGAUGAGGCUGGUGCACCUUCCAUCGGCUACAGUGUUCAAGAAUUGGCCUACCGAGAAGACACCGCUUGGCAGAAUCACAGCAGUCGCAUGGGGAAGGCCGAGCGAAGAGGAGGAGAGAGAAGGUAGCCUCGCACAGCUGGCAGUCGCCAACGAAGCUGGACAUAUCAGAAUGUGGGAGAUAAGAGCUUAA